AUGACUAAAAUCUUUAUUACCGGGGCAACUGGCUACAUUGGCGGUGACGCCCUUGCAACUCUACAUGCCGCGCAUCCUGAGUUUUCGUAUGUCGCGUUAAUUCGCAGCAACGAGAAGGCCGAGCAGGUCAAGGCUCGCUUCCCUAAUGUCCGCGUGGUUCUCGGUGAUCUUGACAACUCAGCUUUACUGCAGCGGGAGAGUGCAGCAGCAGACAUCGUCCUCCACACUGCAGAUGCAUCUGAUCAUGUGGGGGCUGCAAAGGCAAUCGCCGCGGGUCUGGUUGCUGGGCAUACCAAAGAAAAGCCGGGUUACUGGUUACACACAGGUGGAACUGGAAUUUUAACCUUCGAAGAUAGUGACAAGGGGACGUUUGGGAACAAAAGGGAUAAGGUUUACGAUGACUGGGAAGGAGUGGAGGAGCUUCUAAAUCUACCCGAUCAUGCUUUCCAUCGCAAUGUGGACAAGCUCGUCUUGGACGCUGCCGCAAAGCAUGCAGAUGUGCUUAAGGUUGCUUUAAUUUGCCCUCCAACUAUCUAUGGACGUGGACGAGGCCCAUGCUCGCAACGCGGUCGUCAAGUCUACGAACUUGCGAAAGUGACACUGCAGCUGCAGAAGGGUCCAAUCAUAGGUGCUGGACAGGCGAUCUGGAACAACGUCCACAUCCACGAUUUAAGUGAUUUCUAUGCAUUGCUCGUACAUGCUGCGGUCGCAGGCCAAAACGACGAUGGGAUCUGGGGUCCAAAGGCAUACUACCUCACCGAGAAUGGGGAGCAUCGCUGGGGCGAUCUGGCUCAGUCCACAGCGGAGGCUGCCGCAAAGCUAGGUCUCAUUCCAGAAGCAAAGGCGGAACCUAUUGACUUGGAAAGUGCCAAGCAAUAUGCGGGCUUUGAGUCGCUAAGCUGGGGAUUGAAUUCUCGUGGGCGGGCACUUCGAGCACGUAAGCUUCUCGGAUGGAAACCUUCAUAUCCGAGUCUACUAGAGGAACUACCCCAGAUUGUUCAGAGCGAGUGGCAGCGACUGCAGGAGUAA